AUGAGGAAACCUUCUGUCCAGCAGCCUUGGAAAGCCCAUGUUCCAACUGUGUCGGAGAUUGAAGGGCCUGUUGCGGUUGGCUUGACUGAUGUUGAGGUGGUGCUGGUAGUGGUAGAGGACGCUCUUGAGGUUGUGGAGCUACUGGUGGUUGAAGUGCUAGAGCUAGUGGCAGUCGUAGAACUGGCCCGCGAUGUCGUGCUAGAAGUCGCCGAUGUAGAUGAGGUGGACGAGCUUGUAGUUGAGGACGCCGUUGAUGAAGAUGCAGCGGAAGUUGAACGGGAUGUUAUGGUAGCAGAUGUGACGCUGGACACGGAAGAAACACCAGCUGGGCCUCCCGCAACCAAAGAACUCAAUGAAGAGACACCCGAGGCACCUGAUGAUACCGUGCUUGAUGAGGGGCGACUGACCAUGGAAGACGUCGUCGCUGAUGAUAGCGCACUAGAAGAGGGGGCGCUCGAAACGCUAGAAGGCAGUGUGUUUGACGAAGUCGCGCUGGUGGUUGAAGAGAGUGUAGCGAAGGUUGUCCAUGUCGUCAACGAAGUACUUGGGCUUAUGCCAGAAGACGACGUUGACGAAGUAGAGGCUGUAGAGCGAGAAGCAGAGCUGGUACUCGUACUGGCAGUCAAAGAAGCACUCGCUGCGCCGCUCGCGGAAGCGCUGAGAGCCGAACUACGUGAGCCCCCAGAGCUUGAGACACUUGUGGCGGCGCUGCUUGUUGCGAUAGAGCUCAUAGUAGAUGUCGGUGCAGAGCUAGAGGCGGAAGAGGAAGCGCUGUUCAAGCCACCGGCAAUGUUGUUAAACACGCCCAGCGAAGUGGUGAAAAAGCUCGUGGAGCUUGUGGAUAUACUGUUUGAGACAGAAACCGAGGUCGAGCUGCUGACUGAGCCUGUGCUAGUAGAAGCGCCGUUCGAGGUUGCGCUGGAUACUCCCAUAGAAGAACUUCCACUGCCCGAGACCAAAGAUGACGAAAGCGAGGUGGUUGACGAGCUAGAUGUAAGGCUACUACUGGACGAUGCAAUUGAAGCAGAGCUGGAAAUGGAGAGGGCACCGCCCGAAGAGGUCGCUACAGAAGAGCCCACACUGCUGGUCGACGACAAAGCCCCCAUUGAAGUGGGCAAGGAACUACUGUAG